GAGGAUUAAACGAAGUCGUUUUUUUCUCUGUUUUACAACUUCUCCUGUGCAUAAAAGGACCGCCACGGCCACGCGGCUUCGGGUCGAACGAUCUUUUGGGAGAAAAGCAGAGGAAAAUCAUGGGUGCAGAAGAAGAGCAGCAAGGAAAGCAAGCAAACGAACAGCCAAGGGCCAAUUCCAUAACAGAAUCACAGUUCCUAACCUGGAAACGCCGAAAGGAAGCAGAUGUCUCAGCUAAAAAAGCUGAAGCAGCUAGGAAACGUGCAGAAGAGAUAGCUGCUGGAACAGUUCAAAUGAAUGGCAGAGAGCUUUUCUUGCAUGAGCCUUGGGUUUUUGAUAACUCUCGCUAUUGAGUACCUAUUCCAGAGUUGGGGAGCAAGCAGAUGGAGAUAUGAGUUGGAUUGAGUUUGGUGGUUUUGUUGUUGAGCUGUGGCAGCUGCCAUGCUCUUCUUCUCCACCUUAAUCCUUGCCAUUUCAAAGAAGGUAGUUAGAAACAAGAGACUGGUUCUUUCUGUAGUGAGUAGUGAAGCAUUUUGCAUUUUAUACGGAGAGAAAGACUCAUGUCCUUGACAGGUGUAUUUGUACCGGAAAUCGGAAACUUAUCCAUAUGCAGUUACCCAUUUAAUACUCUGGGCAAAUUCUGGAAUCUGGACUUUGAAAAGCUGUGGCCAUGUUUUUUAUUUUGAUAAAAUGAAUUGUUUAUGUUUUUUCCUAUACAGGGAUGAAUCUAGCAUUGCAGCAUUGGGGCUA